AUAUCAUUUUUUAUUUUUGUAAUUAGACUUCAAUUUAUUAUUUUUAAUAUUUCAAAUUAUUAGUGUAAAUAUGUAAAGAUGUAAUGAAUAAAAUGUUUAGAUAAUUAUUAAAUAAUUUAUACCAUCUAAUAUAUAACAAUUGCAGUAUUAUUUACAAUUUUUAAUUUAUUGAAAAGAAAAAAUGUUGCUGAAGUAGUGUUUCUUCAAUUCAACAAUUGUUUAAGAUUUAUUGAAAUAUAAUUCUAAAUAAAGAAUUUUAAUGGAUUACGAAUUUAAAAUCAAAACUGGCAAUGAAAGAGCCAAAGUUGAAGAACUUUUUGAUUAUGAAGGAUGUAAAGUAGGAAGAGGUACUUAUGGACAUGUGUAUAAAGCAAGAAGAAAAGAUGGGGAUAAUAGUAAAGAUUUUGCUUUAAAACAAAUUGAGGGUACAGGACUUUCAAUGUCAGCUUGUCGUGAAAUCGCUUUAUUACGGGAAUUAAAACAUCCAAAUGUUAUAAAUUUAAUCCGUGUUUUUUUAUCACAUAAUGAUAGAAAAGUGUGGUUAUUAUUUGACUAUGCUGAACAUGAUCUUUGGCAUAUAAUAAAGUUUCACAGGGCUGCAAAAGCCAAUAAAAAACCAGUAAUGGUGCCAAAAGGAAUGGUUAAGUCAUUGCUUUUUCAAAUAUUAGAUGGGAUACAUUAUUUACAUUCAAAUUGGGUUUUACAUAGAGACUUAAAACCAGCUAAUAUUCUUGUUAUGGGUGAAGGUCCAGAAAGAGGUAGAGUUAAAAUUGCUGAUAUGGGAUUUGCCCGCUUAUUUAAUGCUCCAUUAAAACCACUUGCUGAUCUUGAUCCUGUUGUAGUUACAUUUUGGUAUCGUGCACCAGAACUUCUGUUAGGAGCUAGGCAUUACACUAAAGCUAUUGAUAUUUGGGCUAUUGGUUGCAUAUUUGCUGAGUUAUUAACAUCAGAACCAAUAUUUCAUUGCCGUCAAGAAGAUAUUAAAACUAGUAAUCCAUAUCAUCAUGAUCAACUAGAUAGAAUUUUUAAUGUUAUGGGUUUUCCUCAAGAAAAGGAUUGGGAAGACAUUAAAAAGAUGCCAGAACAUGCUACUCUUAUGAAAGAUUUUAAACGUUCCAAUUAUUCUAAUUGUUCUUUGGUGAAAUAUAUGGAUCGUCAUAAAAUUAAACCUGAAAGUAAAGCAUUCCAUUUGCUACAAAAACUAUUAUUAAUGGAUCCUAACAAAAGAAUUACAUCUGAACAAGCAAAACAAGAUUCAUAUUUCCAAGAGGACCCUAUACCAACUUCAGAUUUCAAUGCAAGACUGAGAAGUGUUUUUGCCGGCUGUCCUAUUCCAUAUCCUAAAAGAGAAUUUUUGACUGAUGAUGAUCAAGAUGAUAAAGAUAAAAGACAACAAGCUACAAAUAUUUUUGCAUAUGACCAUGGACGUUACUUAGUCGAUAAUUCUAACACUCGCACUUUUAUUAAGAGCGAACCUAUCAUGCCUAGACUUGACAAUAUUGCCCAGGAGCGCCGUAAUAGCUUAAUCAACAAUGCUUAUGUUAAUAGUUUACACAAUUGGCAUGGCUUUAAUCAUACUGCGCUAGAGGGCGCACAUUCUGAUCAAUCGGGUAGUCAUCAUAGUCAUCAACAACAGCAACAUGCUGCUAAUCAAAAAAGAAUGCGCAUGAAUGGUUUAGGUGGUCAUUCUAGUGUUAAUCCUGGAACAGUUAUGCCAAAUUCAUCUCAACAACAGCAGCAGCAGCAGCAGCAACAACAACAGCAGCAGCAACAACAGCAACAAGUUCAGCAGCAACAGCAACUUCAACAACAACCACAGCAAGUACAACAAUCUCACCAACAAGACUUUCAUCAUGUACCUCAACAUCAACAACAAAUGAUGUAUUCACAACAAACUAAUCCAAAUGGGCCAGGACCUAAUUACUCACAAAGAUUCUAAGAGUUCAUUACCUCACAAUUUUUACUGUAGAACUUGUUUAAAACAAUUACAUAUACAGAUUUUGUGAUCAGAAUAUUUCUAUUAUAGGUUGAUUUUUAUUUUGUGAUAUAUAUUAAACACUAAAAAAUAAAUCAUUUAGCAAAUGCAUAA